AUGGCGCUCGUUAAACUCCCAACCUUGUUACGGUGCAUCAUAAAAUCUCGCCAGGGAAAUAACGCUUCACUUACUCGCGCCCUCUUCUCCCAAGGGGCAUCGCAUCACAAUAGUGCCAGAGCCGACAGCAGCAGCAAAAUCAGCAGAAAAAGCAGCAAAAACAACAGUAACAGCUACGGGAACAGCUACAGGAACAGCCGCAGAAACAGCUGCAGGAACAGUAGCAAAAAAAGCAGUAACAGUAGAAAAACCAGCAGAAACAACUACAGGAACAGCAGAAACAGCUGCAAGAAAGCACAACAGCUACAGGAACAGCAGCAAGAACAGCAGGAACAGCUACAGGAGCAGCAGCAAGAACAGCAGAAACCGCAGAAAUAG